GUGGCAAGUCUACUAUAGCCAAUGUUUUGGUUAAAAAGGACAAACAAUUUGCAGUAAGCAGUUCAAGUGGUAGCUUAACAAAAUCAACACAGAAAGAAAUUUUUGAAGAAAAUGGGACAAAAUAUCAAGUAAUUGAUACAAUUGGCCUUUGUGAUACACUUAUGACAAAAGAGAAAGCAAUGAGCGAAUUAUCUGAUACCUGUAGAAUGAUAGAAGGAGAUGAAGAAGAAUGCAAAAAAGAGGAAAAGAACUUGGCAAAGACAAAUCCAGAAUUUUCCAAAAUAAUUAAGGAAUGUAAAGAUAUCAUUUUUGUAGAUAAUCCGCCUUUAACGGGAUUUCCUAGAUCCAUUGAAUCAAACAGAGAAGUGCGAGAAUAUUCAAGAAAAAAAAUAAUAGAAAGUUUUAUUCCUAGUUGCGAAAAAUAUGAUCCUCCUAACCUAAAACAAAUAAGCGAAAAGUUGGUUGUACAUUUUGAGGAAAAGGUGAAGCUAGAAAAAGAAUUAAAAGAAAUGAAGGAAUU